UUCCACCUCUUGAUUUAGAUUUACUUCAGAAAUAUAAUAACUGGGUGCUUCACAUGUUUCUGGUACACAAACAAAAACAAUUUCUACUUGCUAGCUAUUCACAGAUCCUGUUAAUUCUUUCCUCUCCUACCUACCAAAUUCCAAAGACUUAAGAACCGUCCAAAAAUGAGUAUCUCUCACACCGAUUUGAGCCACGCAGUCCCUCGCUGUGUUCCUUCCACUUCCAAUAGUUUAAUCAAUGAAAAUCAUAACCAUAGCCACCCAAUUGAAUUACUAAUUAAUUAAGCUGAAAGAAGAAUAAAAAAGGACAAGUGGUCAUAUGGGUAUUCAUAGAUUGUUGCGUCAAGUCAAAGAACUUCAGCUAAUUGGCCAAAAGAAAGUAUUGAUUCGUAGUCGUUUUUGGCUGAUGGAUUGGAUGCACCGAAAUCCUAGUCUUUGCAUUGGGUUUCUUUCUUCCUUUCCAUCUUGGUUGAUGAAUUUGGUAUUAUUUUCCCUUCGUUUUUCUGCCUCUGCUGCUGCUCUGUCGUUUGUUGGUCCUUUCUUUUUGUUUUUUGUUUCAUUUUAUGUCAAAUUCUUCAUUCCGUAACGUGAUGUCCUGACUAAAUAAACUCCACCGGCCCUUCAUUAAUAGCCAGACAAUAUCUAUUUGGUCAUGUGGCAACAACCACCACCCAUUCCAUGGCCAUCUUACACAACACAACACAACCCAACCCAAGUCAAUCAAAAAAGUUCCAACCUCAAUAAGAUCCAAAAUAGCAUUUUGGAGAAAUAUUAAGAGAUCGUUUCAUUUUGGCAGAAAUGGAAAUGGAGGGUGAGAUUGGAAACUUCAUUAAGGUAUGGCUCUCGGUCUUCUUAUCUCUCUUCUACUGCUAUGCAUUUGGUAAGUUUGUACCAAAAGGUUUUCCAAGACUCUUGCUCAUAAUUCCAGUUGUAGCCCUCUUCCUAGACCUUCCUCUUCACCUCUCCACCAUCCAUCUCGGAGGCACCACUGCUUUCUUCAUUUCUUGGCUUGCCAACUUCAAGCUCUUGCUCUUCGCCUUUGGGAAAGGCCCUCUGUGCUCCGACCCUUCAAUCUCUCUUCCCCGUUUUGUAGCCGUCGCUUGUUUACCCAUCAAGAUCCAACAAAACCCACCUCCAAAAACACCCCAAUUCCAAACCUCAAAUCAUCAAAAUGGCCACAACUCAAACACAAAUGGGCAUGCAACAACAAAACAAAACCCAGCUCCGAAAUCCCCGUUGAACUACGCACUCAAAGGCCUGCUCUUGGCUCUGUUGAUAAAGGUAUAUGACUACAAAGAGCACCUCCAUCCAAACCUGAUAUGGGUCAUGUAUUGCUUCCACAUAUAUUUUGCCCUAGAAAUCAUCCUCCUCAUGGCUGCCGCGCUGGCUCGAGCCCUUCUGGGACUUGAGCUCGAGCCCCAAUUCAACGAGCCCUACCUCUCCUCCUCCCUCCAAGACUUCUGGGGCAGACGAUGGAACAUUAUGGUCACCAGCAUCCUGCGCCCCACCGUGUACGAACCCGUCGUCGCGCUUUCGACACGGGUGGUAGGGCGCAGGUGGGCCCCGCUCCCUGCCGUGAUGGGGACCUUCAUAGUGUCGGCAAUUAUGCACGAGCUCAUAUUCUACUACCUGGGGCGGCUACCGCCCACGUGGGAGAUCUCGUGGUUCUUCCUCCUCCACGGGCUGUGUUUGGUGGUUGAGAUCGCCGUCAAGAAGGCGAUUGCUAAACGGAAGAAGUUUCAGGUGCCGAGGUUGGUGUCUGGGCCUUUGACCGUUGCGUUCGUGACGGGAACCGUGUUUUGGCUCUUCUUUCCUCCGCUGCUGCGGUGUAAUGCUGACGUGAGGGCUCUGGGGGAGUACGCGGCUGUUGGCGCGUUUUUCAAGAAUGCCGGUCGUGCUUUUGCAUCUAGAGCCAUGAACACAAGCAGAAGCAACUGGUAGUAGCAGAAGACUUAGUCGUAGCAGUAGACACUGGCGGACUCAGAAAUUUUUUAACGGAAGUGCAAAAUUGACUAAGUAUGAAAAAUUGUUUUUCAGAAUAAUCAUUUUCUUAA